AUGUCUUCAAAAAACAAAGUUGAAACUACGAGAGGUUUAAAUGGCUACUUAAUAUUUUAUAAUGCAGCUUCAUGGGCUGGUUGGAGUUACAUUCUUUUAUCCAUUCUGGAGUUAAUUGUAAAUGAUGAUUUAGCAAAAGCAUAUGAUAAAAUAGGGUGGACGUUAAAGCUUGUACAAACUGGAGCUAUCUUGGAGAUUUUUCAUGUUCUUCUAGGGUUGGUAAGAUCUUCUCUUCCAACUACAAUUAUUCAAGUUGCUUCGCGUUUGACUCUCGUUUGGAUAAUUGUAAAUAAUUUUCCAGAAAUAAGAUCUCAUUGGGCAUUUACAAGUAUGACAAUGGCAUGGAGUAUAACUGAAUGUAUUAGAUAUGCAUUUUACGGAUUAAACCUUGUAGGAAGUCAACCAGGAUGGUUAUUAUGGUGCAGGUAUACAUUCUUUUUUAUUCUGUAUCCCGUUGGAGCAGGCAGUGAAGCAGUAUUAGUAUUUGAAUCACUACCGUAUGCCAUAAAAAUUAAUACAAGUUUUUAUUGGGCACUGGUUACUAUCUUAUUGAUUUAUGUGCCAGGAUUUUAUACAAUGUAUACUCAUAUGAUUGGUCAACGCAGAAAAAUUCUUGGCAAAGGAAAAGCAAAGAAAUUUUAG